AUGGAUUCAGAUGAAAGGGGUGCAGAAAUCCAUGUUGUGGUGGUGCCUCUCCUCGCACAGGGUCACUUGAAUCAGCUCCUGCAUUUCUCCACAGCCAUAGCCGGACGAGGACUAAGCGUAACGUUCGUAGCCACCUCCACCCAUAUUCACCAGGUUCGCCACCGUUUUCAAGGUUGGGACCUUCAAAAGUUCAACAUUCGUUUUGAGGAACUGCCCAUACCAGAACUGCCAGAUGGGGAGCCCAGCGCUCAAAACACUCGUAUGUUUCCCAUACAUUUGGCUUCUGUAUUUGAUUGUGGGGAUCUCCUACGCCCUCAAAUGGACAACUUUCUAUGCAAAAUAUGUUCCUACAAUAACAAGUCAGUCGUGAUGGUGUACGAUAUGCAUAUGGGGUGGGUUCAGCCAUUAGCUGACAAGUAUGAAAUUCCAGCCUAUAAAUUCAUACCUGUGGGAAUUUAUCCCGCACUCUGGUUUACCGAUAAACGGAUCGGCACUGAAUUUGCAGGGUUAGGGUUUUCGAGUCUUAAAGUGCCGCUAUUCCGGACCAUAACGGAGCAACAUUUGAGGUUCUUGGAGCACCAAGAAUCGUUCCUCGGGCCUGAUAAAGGAACAAUCCUCAACAGCUUCCCAGAGAUUGAAGCUCCAUUCAUUGACUUGGCCAAGGAGAGGAAAGUUUUCGGCGACAACCCCGUGUGGACAGUGGGUCCUCUCCUACCCCUGCAAUUGUCUAGUGAGGACCUGCCCAUGGAGUUACGGACGGAUUGUGACUGCACGAGAUGGUUAGACAACCAUCCUCCAGCGUCCGUUUUAUACGUCUCUUUUGGCAGCGUUUCUUCUUUGCCCACAGAACAAAUCCAGGAAGUGGCAGUGGGAUUGGAGCGCAGUGGACAACCUUUCGUGUGGGUACUUAGGUCCUCCGACACAUCCCGUUUUUCCGUGGAAGCGAAUUCGAAUUCGAAUGGGAUAUGUGAGUUUCUGCCGGAAGGGUACGAGAGCCGAAUACGAGGACGCGGCUUUAUUGCGACCAACUGGGCGCCUCAGCUUGAGAUACUGUUCCACAACUCCACGGGAGGAUUUUUAACACAUUGUGGGUGGAAUUCGACGGUGGAGAGUAUCUGCGCAGGAGUGCCCAUUGUCGCCUGGCCUCUGCAUUCUGAUCAGUUCGCCAAAGCUAAGCUUUUAGCUUGUGAGUUGAAGAUAGGUGUGGAAAUGAAGGAAUGGAGUAAUACAGAGAAGUACGAGAUGGUAAGUGCGAAGGAGGUCCAAGUGGCCGUGAAACGAUUGAUGGUGAGUGAGGAGGGAACGCAAAUGCGGAAGAGGGCGCAGGAUUUGAGAGCUCAAACCCGGAUGGCGAUUGCGGAUGGAGGCUCUUCGUCCGACCAAUUCGAUUCCCUUAUCGAUCACUUCUCCCAACAAAGCAGGAGGUCCAUUGGUUAG